AUGGCAGAGCCUAUUGCAGUCAUUGGCCUGGAUGCCAAGUUGCCAUGCGAUGGCGAUAGUGUGGAAAAGUUCUUUGAGUUCCUCGUUGCCGGAAGAUCUGCCAGACAACCUGUCCCGGAAGAUCGGUACAAUGUAGAUUCUUUUUGGCAUCCCGACCACCACCGGGAUGGAAUUAUUGCUAGCAAAGAAGGGCACUUUAUGAAAGGCAACAUAAAAGCUUUUGAUGCGCCCUUCUUUGGUAUGACGCCUGCCGAGGCCGCAGCCUUAGAUCCGCAACAGCGACUGCUUCUCGAGUGUGCCUACACGGCCAUGGAGAAUGCAGGUUAUACCAUGGGAGACAUGCAAGGCUCAAAUACGGGUAUGUAUACAGGAUCGUUCACGUUUGAUUACAGUGACAUUACGAUCAAGGACAUGGAUGUCCCUUUGACAUACUCUGGGACUGGAACAGUUCCCAGUACACUCGCCGGCCGUGUAUCGUGGUUCUACGACCUCCGAGGGCCGGCAUUUACUGUCGACACUGCUUGCUCAAGUAGUAUGGUGGCGCUGCACCAGGCGGUCGUCGGUCUAAAGUCACGUGACUGCAACGUGGCACUUGCAUGUGGUACCAAUGUCAUUCUCUCGCCCGAGUUUGCCAUCAAGUUGAACGGUCUUGGUGUUCUGUCCCCGGCAGGUGCCUCAAAGAGCUUCGACAAAGAUGCAAAUGGGUACGGACGAGGUGAAGGCAUCUCAGUGGUUGUCCUCAAACGCAUGUCGGAUGCAAUCCGCGAUGGAGAUACCAUUCGUGCCGUCAUUCGCAACAGUGGAAUCAGCCACGACGGAAAGGGUGCUCCACUGACAGCACCCGUGAGAGCCUCCCAGACCGAGUUGAUGCGUCACUGCUAUACCCAAGCCCAAAUUGAUCCUGCGGAGACGCGAUAUUUUGAAGCCCAUGGAACUGGUACCAACUAUCGAUCAGAACAAGAUCCUCUUGUUAUCGGAGCCCUCAAAAGUAACAUUGGACAUACUGAAGGCAACUCUGGAAUUGCAUCCUUCAUCAAAGCCGUCCUCUCCUUGGAAAGUGGUAUUAUCCCAGCAAAUGCACACUUUAAGCACGUCAACCCUGCAAUUCCAAAGGAUUGGCACCUACAUUUCCCAACUACUGCGCUGGUACAUCCCAAGACUCCCUCGGGUGUUCGUCGAGUCUCCAUUAAUUCUUUCGGAAUUUCGGGUACCAACGCCCACGUGGUCCUAGAGGAUGCACUUCACUUCCUCGAGGCACACGGCUAUGAUGCGCCCCACCGAACAGUCGCCGUGCCUCGGCUUCCCGGUGCAGCUGAAAAGCCACUUCCGGUAAUCAAUGGCACUGCCCACUCUCCGCAGCUCUUUGUCAUGAGUGCCUUUGACCAAGACGGUAUUUCCAGACUCUGUAAGGCAUACGAAGAGUAUCUGUCAACCAUGACUGAGCCUCUUUACAACUUGAGCUACACAUUGGCGAACAAGAGGUCGAGAUUUGCCUGGCGGACUGCGGUUGUCGCCAGCUCAGCACAGUCACUGGAAGACUUGCUUUCUGAAGGCCAGCCAGCAUCACGUGCUGUUAAUGAACCCGGUCUCGGGUUUGUUUUGACUGGCCAGGGAGCGCAGUGGGCUAGAAUGGGAGCAGAUUUGAUGCAUUAUCCGCCCUACCGACAAAGCCUCGAACGCGCAGAUGCAUACCUAAAAACCAUAGGAUGCGAAUGGUCUGUGAUGGAAGAACUUUCAAAGCAUCAGGGUGAAUCUCGCAUCAAUGAUGCCGAGUUUUCACAGACGCUGUGCACAGCACUGCAGGUUGCUCUCGUCGACCUGUUCGCUGAUUGGGGAGUCAAGCCUCAAGCUACUGCAGGGCAUUCUUCGGGUGAAAUAGCAGCUGCCUACUCGGCUGGUGCUAUUGACCAAGAAAGUGCGUGGAGGAUUGCAUACUGGCGUGGCAAGCUCUCUGCCGAACUAGCCCGCUCACCCGAACAGCUCAAGGUCACCAUGGCUGCCGUUGGUCUAAACUCUGAAAAGACUUUGGAGUACAUUGACAAGGUCAAUGAGUCUGGAUUCCAGAGUGUGGGCAAGCUCACUGUCGCCUGCAUAAACAGCGAGACUAGUCACACUGUCAGUGGAGAUGCCGAACAGAUUGCUGCCCUGAUCCAGAUGCUCAGCAACGAAAACAUCUUUGCGCGUAAAUUGAACGUCGAACUAGCGUACCACUCAAGGUACAUGGAGCCCAUUGUCAAGCAGUACACAGAAGGCAUGGGCAAGAUUGUACCACGUCCAUCGGAUGGCCAACAAGCUGAUGUGCAAUUCUUCUCUUCAACAUACGGGACGAACAUUGGCCACUCCAAACUGCAAGAGCCCGCAUACUGGACCAAGAACCUAGUCUCCACUGUGAGGUUCAACGAAUCACUGACAGCAAUGCUCAAAGCCCCAUCCAUGUUGAAGGGAGGAUCAUCCAGCCUCGUCACAGAUGUCAUUGAGAUUGGACCCCAUUCCGCCCUGCAGGGCCCGCUGCGCAACAUCAUUGACGCGGUAGGCAGGGGCGGUAGCGGCAUAAAAUACCACUCUGCGCUCAAACGAGGAGAGUCAGAUGUGGAGACGAUUAUGCAGGCUGUUGGGUCCUUGUUUACUCGCGGGAUAGAGGCUGAUUUGCUCAAGGUCAACCACGUUGAUGGAGCAAACCCAGCCAUGAUGAUUGACCUUCCUCGAUACCAGUUCAAUCACUCUCGCGAGUACUGGAGCGAGAGUCGAAUGAGCAGAAACUAUCGCUUCCGCACUGCUCCGCGCCAUGAGCUGCUUGGUGCUCCCGUCAAUGAUUGGGAUGCAAAUCAUGAUGCCAUUUGGCGCAACUGGAUCCGUCUCUCCGAGAACCCAUGGGUGGAGCAUCACACCGUCUCAGGGUCAGUCUUGUAUCCCGCUGCUGGUAUGCUUGUCAUGGCUAUUGAGGCUUGCAAGCAACUGGGAGAGCUCUCGAACCCCGACAAAGCCAUUAAAGCCAUCCGUUUCCGCGAAGUCUCCUUUCAUUCCGCAAUGCAGAUCCCGGACAACGCUACAGGUAUCGAGUCGCACGUUUAUCUGCGGCCCGUGAAGCAGGCAGGCCGGGAGGCAAAGACAUCUGCUUGGCGCGAAUUCCAGAUCCUCACAGCCCAGGAAGACGACGAGUUCCGAGAGCACUGCUGCGGUCAGGUGCUCCUAGAGUACGACGAUGCAACGACUCCUGUUGAUGGCGGUCGAGAGGAACAAGCCCUGAAAGAUUAUGCCCAGGCCCGACUUCAAGAUGCGCACCAAAAAUGCAAGAGCGAGGUUCCCUCGGAACAAAUCUAUCAGGGCUGGAAGGACGUCGGCCUCGUGUUCGGCCCAACUUUCCAAACCAUAGCAAAUGCCGCUGUGGACCUCGAAUCUGGGACGACACUGGCUUCACUCAAGCCUACCGUGCCACUUUUGAGAGAAAUGAUGCCCCUCAAUUACCUGCAGCCCCAUUUGAUCCACCCCACAACGUUGGAUGGCGCAUUGCAGGCGUGUCUGGUGCCCCUUGUUUCCAACCCAACCAGGAAGCAAAACAACCCCAUCGUUCUCUCAUUCUUGGAAGAGCUUUGGAUCUCGGCAUCUACACACCCCGAAGAGGGCUAUGAAAUCUUCGCCGACUAUCACACUCGUGGCCGCAAGGACUAUAUUCUAUCCUGCACUGCUGUCGAUACUCAGACCAACGAGCCUAUGAUACGAGCAACUGGCUGCAAGGCUACCGAAGUCGAUGGUCGAGAUGGUCUCUCAGACUCCGACGUGGACCCAAGAUACAAAGCAUGGCACAUCACAUGGAAGCCAGACCCAGAUUUCCUCAGCGCUUCAACCAUGACCCAGGAAUUCCAGGAAUACCUUGAUUUGCUGGCUCACAAGAAUCCCCACAUGAAGUUCCUCGACAUAAGCAACGGCGAACACUCCUUCACCAACCAGGUCCUGACCACGCUGUCUGAGCGCUAUGUUGAGUACGACUUGACAGACAAUUCCGAAUCUUGCCUUGGCCAGGUACAAAAGAACAUCACAGCAGGCUUUGUGCAGUCCAAGGUCCUCGACAUCAAGGCUGAACCGAUUGACCAGGGUUUCCAAACAAACUCGUACGAUGUACUCAUUGCGCCAGUCGGCGCCAUUCCCAAUGCACAGAUUGAUGAAGUUCUGCGCCGAUUCUCCAGUCUCCUGAAGCCUGGUGGCAAAAUCAUUCUCACAGUGCCAUUCGGCAAGGCGGUGGCAAAGAGUUGGGCCAAGUACCUGGUUCAGAACAGGUUCACCGAGCCAGAUGCUUUGUUUGGCGACAAGAAAUCUUCGAUCUUGGUUGCCAGUGUUCCAUCCAAGAGCAAAAACGAGACUGCCUCAAGCACUGGAGUCUACUACAUUGUAGCCGACCUUGCUUCAGACACGCAGCGCAGCCUGGCUGAUAAGCUGGUGUCAUCGUUGCAGGCGAAUGGUGCCAUGGCUAAGAGCGCUACCGUAUCCGACUAUGUGCAAUUGGCAACUGCGGUCGGUCAAGAAGCAGUCUCUGAGAGCACAUGCAUCAUGAUUUCAGAACUCGAAGCACCCGUGCUCGCCACAGCUGACGAAGGCGUCAUGUCAGCGUUGAAGACAAUGGUCGGCGGAAAGCGGCUGCUGUGGGUGCAUCAAGAGUCUGCUGACACGGAUCUGGUGACCGGUUUCGCAGCAAGUAUUCGCCUUGACUAUCCAAAACUCGAAUUCGUCACUCUCACCUUCCAACCCAGCGAAGGUGAUGAAAACAUGUCAAGCAAAAUCUUGGAGGUGGAUGUGCGCAUGUCUUCGCACACCAAGGGUCCCUACGAAACCUCGUACAAGUUCAUCGACGGCUCAAUUGCAAUUCCGCGACUCGUCGAAGAUCCUGCAUUGAAGAAGCACGUUGCUUUUGGGGCGGACCCCAGCCGGGCCUUGCGCCUCCAGAUCCAGCAGAUUGGUUUGCUGAAUUCGCUGUGCUUCACCAGUGAUCAGCUGUAUGCAGCUCUGCUGGAAGAACCUCAGGUCGAGUUCAAAGUCAUGGCCACUGGUCUGAACUUUAAGGAUCUGGCCAUACAGCUUGGCAUGAUUCCAGAGUCAGCCAUGGGCAUGGAAGCGGCCGGAAUUGUCACUCGAGUUGGGUCAGGAGUCACCCGCUUCAAAUCUGGAGAUCGGGUGUUCGGAUUUACUGGACUCGGCUCGUUCUCUACGUACGCACGGGGUUGGGAAAACAAUCUUGCCAUGGUGCCAGAGAACCUAUCGUUUGCGCAGGCUGCAAUCAUCCCGAUUGUGUACGUGACGGCAUGGGCCUGUCUGUUUGAGAUUGGUGACCUUGCAAAGCGUGUUAGCCGUGGAAAGAAGACUUCUGUGUUGAUCCAUGCAGCGGCUGGUGGUGUUGGUCAGGCUGCCAUUCAACUGGCACAGCGUGAGGGCGCGGAGAUCUUUGUGACAGUCGGAAGCCUCGAGAAGCGCGACUUUCUUGAGAAGACAUACGGCCUGCCACGAGACCACAUCUUUUCGAGUCGCGACUUGACUUUCAAAGAGGGUGUGUUGAGAAUGACUGGCAACCGCGGAGUUGACAUUGUCAUCAACAGUCUUACUGGAGAGGCGCUUCGUGCUACCUGGGACCUCAUUGCACCAUUCGGAGCUUUUGCGGAGAUUGGCGUCACCGACAUUGAGUCAAGGGCUCGCCUCUCCAUGGCUCCCUUUGGCCGAGGUGUGAGAUUUGAAGCUCUCGAACUGGUUUACAUGUGGAAGACGGAUCCAGAGCGACUUGACUACCUCUGGGCGGGCAUGGUAGAGAGCGUUCUCGACCGGAAGCUUGACAUCAAAACACCCAUCAAGAAUUUCACCGUCUCUCAGAUUGAAGAGGCGAUGCGCUUGAUGCAGUCGGCCAAGCAUAUUGGAAAACUCGUGGUUGAAUAUCACGACGAGGAUAUCAUUCAAGUCGUUCAGCCUCCCAGGCUUGCUGCCGAGUUAUCUCUAGAUUCUACGUACGUUGUAGCUGGUGGCUUUGGAGGAUUAGGUUUGGAAAUUAUCCGUUGGCUCGUGCAAGCGGGUGCUAGAAACCUGAUUGUACCCUCAAGGAGAGGUCCGUCCGAUGAAGCGAGUAAGAAACUAGUGGCUGGGCUGCAAAGUGAGGGCGUUCAGAUUGCUACUCCCUGCUGUGACAUCACAAACAAGGAGGCGCUAGAGAAGGCCGUCUCUGAAGCACUUUUGUGCAUGCCACCAGUCCGUGGAUGCAUCCAGACAUCUGCCGUCUUUGCUGACAACUCUUUCGACAAAAUGUCUGCCAAACAGUGGCACCAAGCCGUAGACGUCAAAGUCAAAGGAAGUCACAAUCUGUGGGAGAUUCUCACGGCAAAGAGCACGACUCUCGACUUCUUCAUCAUGCUUUCUUCUCUUGUGGCGAUUAUUGGUUUGAGUGGUCAGACCAACUAUAAUGCAGGCAACUCAUACCAGAACGCCAUGGCCAGGCGCCUGUCUGCUGAGGGACACAACGUUGUCUCGAUCAUGGCACCAGUCCUGGAUGAUGCCGGCAUGGUUGCUGAGAGACCAGCGCUUAGAAAGUACCUACUUUCGACCGGUCUGGCUUUCAUGUCUGCGGAAGAACUUCUCCGCGCACUGGACUACUACUGCCACCCAGGCCUCAAAUUGAGUACUCAAGAAUCCCAGGCGAUUCCAAGAUUCUGGCUUCCCAGGUACUCGGCGACCGAAGGCGCAGAGCAGCCAGCCUGGCAGCACGAACCACUGUACAACCACAUGGUCCUUCGAAACGGUGCCGAGGGUGGCAAUGGCUCUUCUGGCAAACAAGGCUCAUCUACGCGGUCGACUGCUGACCUGAUUGAAGCAGCAACUUCGCUCGAGGAAGCUGAGCAGGCAGUCCUCGAUGCUUUGUUGAAGCAGCUGACAAAGACUUUCAGUUACGACAUGGCGGACCUUGACCCCAACAGGUCUUUGGAUGCAUACGGAGUCGACUCGCUGGUCGCUGUGGAGCUGCGCUUGUGGAUGACCAAGGAGAUUGGUGCUGAUAUUUCAGUUUUUGACAUAACCAACGGUCAACCCAUUACCCAACUCGCUGCAAAGGCUGUGGCAAAGUCGAGAUUCUUGGCUGAGGUACAUAGGCAAGGAAAGGCAGAGUAG